AUGCGGCUGGGCCUUCUCCUGCCCGGCUGCCCGCAGUCUCUGCGGACACCCUCAGGACCAGUCCGCUGCUUUGGUUCUAAGUGGAGGCGCUGGCUGGGCGUGAAGAGGGGGAGCCACCGGUCUUUGCGAAAACGUGGGGCGGAAGCUGGACUGCUCCCCACUCUGAGGCCCCAAAUGGGGGUGCUGGCUUUGCUGCUUUGCGGGGUGUCCCUUGCGCUUCCACUCACCAUUGCAGAUGUGUGUGAAGUUUCUGGAAUGAAAAAUGAGAUAAAAGCUGCGGACCAGGCUUUUGCUUUAAAUUGCAUAAAACCUCCAAAAAUAAAAAGGGCAAGUGUAACAUGGUUUCAUCCUAGCAAUGGUCAAAUCUCCAAAGAUGUACAUCACAGAAUUCACCAGGAACAAACGUGGAUUUUAUUUCUUCCCUUGAAACUGGAGGACACAGGGAUCUACCAAUGCAUUAUAAAGAAUGCCAACAGUUGUUACAGAACACCCGUGAACCUCACCGUUUUCAUGAAAAGCUGGUGUGCCCCUUCCAGAACGACUCCAGAAAAUUUGUCAGAUGAUUACCAACAAAUUCUCUAUCUGGGGCUGUCUGGAAGUCUCACCUGUUUCCUGAACUUCCCAAACAGUUUGCGCCUGGCUUCCAUAAAGUGGUAUAAGGGCUGUGACGAGAUUGAAUCCAGAGGGAAACGGUUUGAAGCUCGAGAAAGGAGACUCUAUGUGAACCCCGUGUCUGAGGAGGACAAUGGUACCUAUGCCUGCAGGGCUAGCCUGAAUCAUAAUGGGACACAGUACACAGUUUUAAAUAGCAUCUCGGUGGACAUCGCAGAAAGAAUUGGAAAUGGAGGAAGAAUCCCUAAAAUAAUUUAUCCAAAAAACCACUCCAUUGAAGUGGAACUUGGCUCCCGCCUCAUUGUGGACUGCAAUAUAACCGAUGUGAAGGAGAACACAAACCUGAGGUGCUGGAAAGUCAACAACAGCCUGGUGGAUGAUUACUACAAUGACUCCAAGCGCAUUCGAGAAGGAGUCGAAACCAAUGUCUCUUUUCCAGACCACUAUUUUUACACGGUAAACAUCACCUUCCAGGAAGUGAAGAUGGAGGACUAUGGCGUACCUUUCAUGUGCCAUGCUGGAGUAUCUGUUGCGUACGUUGUGUUAAGGCUGCCAGCUCCAGAUUUUCAAGCCUACUUGAUAGGAGGGCUCGUCACCUUGGCAAUUUUGGUUGUCUCUCUUCUGCUGAUCUACAACAGCUUUAAGAUUGACCUCGUACUUUGGUACCGAAGUGCCUUCUAUUCUCCUGGGGCCUUGGCAGACAGGAAGCUGUACGAUGCUUACGUCUUAUACCCCAAGCCUCAGAGAGAAAGCGAGAGCCAUGAUGUGGACACCCUGGUGUUGACGUUCCUGCCAGAGGUGCUGGAGCAGCAGUGUGGAUACAAGUUGUUUAUAUUCGGCAGGGAUGAAUUCCCUGGACAAGCCGUGGCCAACGUCAUCGAUGAGAAUAUCAAGCUGUGCAGGAGGCUGAUGGUCAUUCUGGCUGCAGAAUCGCUGAGUCUGGGACUCUCCAAGAGCUGGUCGGAAGAGCAAAUUGCUGUCUACAAUGCCCUCAUCCAGGACGGCAUGAAGGUCAUUCUGAUCGAGCUGGGGACCAUCGAGGACUACAGCGCCAUGCCCGAGUCAAUUCAGUACAUCCGACAAAAGCACGGCGCCAUCCGGUGGCGCGGGGACUUCGCGGAGAGGUCCCCGUGUGCCAAAACCAAGUUCUGGAAAGAGGUGAGGUAUCACAUGCCGCCCAGAAGAUACCCACCGUCUUCCCCCGGCCACAGGGGCGGGGGCCCGGGGCUGGCCGCCCAGUGA